AUGCCACCAAGAUUCCCCGGAUUCACACGCGCCCAUGUCCCUGGCGGCGAGUGGGUUAAGACCCGCAUGGUUCGCGACAACUUCAAGCGCGCCAAGGUUGCCGAAGAAGAGGUUACCAGAACCUCUCUAAGAUACAUUUCCAGAAACACUACGCUGCCUAUGCGCACACGUAUUGAGGCCCAGCUCCAGCUUGUUUCUAUGCCCAACUACACCCGUACUACUCAAAUCAAGAACAGAUGCGUUGAUUCAGGUUAUGCUCGCUCUGUUAUUAAGGAAUUCAGACUGUGCAGAAUGAAAUUCAGAGAAAAGGCUCUCGCCGGCGAGCUCCCUGGUGUCAAGAAGGCCAGUUGGUAA